AUGAAGUUAACAUUAAAGUUGGUAGUAACUUUACUUAUGUUGAUGGUAGCGUGUGUGAUUUGUGAAGAAGAGGCUACAACUGUGGCUCCUACCACCGGAGAGGAGGAGGAAGAGGAGCCUCCACAGAAGCCAGGCUGUUCCAUCUGGUGCUGGAUUCAGAAGAUUGCCAUGUUCGUUAUAUCGCAAUUGUUAAGCGGCAACUGA